GAUAGAUAAGACACCUUCCUCCAGAGGAGCUCUUGUUCACUGAGCUGCACACACACGAGGCAGGUUCUGCAAAGAAGGAAAUAGCAGCACUGAAGUCUCCAGAACAAAGGCUCAAAUUAAGGUGCCUCUUUGACCUGGUCCUCCCGCCUCGAUGGAUUACACCUUGGAGCCCAACGUGACAAUAGUAACUGACGACUACUAUCCUGAUAUCUCGUCGAGCCCCUGCGACGGGGAACUUAUCCAAAGAGAUAACAAGUUGUUACUUGCCAUCUUCUACUGUGUCUUGUUUGUAUUCAGUCUUCUGGGGAACAGCCUGGUCAUCCUGGUCCUCAUCGCCUGCAAGAGGCUGAGGAGCAUCACAGACAUAUACCUCUUGAACCUGGCCCUGUCGGACCUGCUUUUUGUCUUCUCCUUCCCCUUCCAGACCCACUAUCAGCUGGACCAGUGGGUGUUUGGGACCGCAAUGUGCAAGCUGGUCUCCGGUUUUUAUUACAUCGGCUUCUUCAGCAGCAUGUUCUUCAUCACCCUCAUGAGUGUGGACAGGUACCUGGCAGUUGUCCACGCUGUGUAUGCCAUGACCGUGAGGACGGCCAGAAUGGGCACAGCCCUGAGUCUGCUCAUGUGGCUGAUCGCCAUCGUGGUCACCAGCCCGCUACUGGGAUUGUACCAAGUGGCCUCCGAAGACGGCGUUCUACAGUGCUACUCGUCUUACGGUCAGCAGACUCUGAAGUGGAAGAUCUUCAUCUACUUUGAGAUUAACAUCUUAGGUCUGCUGGUCCCAUUCACCAUCCUUAUCUUCUGCUACGUGAGCAUCCUGCACCAACUGAAGAGUUGCCAAAACCACAACAAGACCAAGGCCAUCAAGCUGGUGCUCAUUGUCGUGGUCGCUUCUUUGCUCUUCUGGGUCCCGUUCAAUGUGGUCCUCUUCCUCACGUCCCUGUUCAACAUGAAGAUCCUGGACGGGUGUGUCCUGAGCCAGCGGCUCAUUUAUGCCACCCAUGUCACAGAAACCAUCUCCUUCACUCACUGCUGCGUGAACCCUGUGAUCUACGCGUUCAUGGGCGAGAAGUUCAAGAAACACCUCUCGGAAAUAUUCCAGAAGAGCUGCGGCCACAUCCUCCUCUACGCGGGAAGACAAAUCCCCAGGGAGGGCUGGGACAGGUCCUCCUCCUCUUGCCAGAACCCCCUCCGAUCCUCCAGCAUAGACUACAUUUUGUGAGGAGGGGGCCCGGAAGCAGGCCUCUGCCUUCCUCCCUGCUCUUGCUUUAGGGGACACAAGUGAUUUCAAGCUAGAGUCUGAGGCUAUGUGAAGGGAGACUCUGAGAACCGGGGUUACGGGGACCCCUGGGCGGCGCAGUAGGUUGAGUGUCUGGCUUCGACUCAGGUCGUGAUCUCACGGUUUGUGAGUUCGAGCCCCGCGUCGGGCUCUGUGCUGACAGCUCGGAGCCUGGAGCCUGCUUCGGAU